AUGAGCACGGCAAAGCGAACACGAGCAAGGCAAGCAGAGGCAGGAGCAGCGCCCUCGCUGCCGCCGUCGAAAAAGGCAAAGACUUCACAACAGCCUGGUUCUGGACUGGCCUUCCUGACCGAUGAGAAUCAACGAGCCGGAAAGAAGCUGCGCGCAAACUACACCAAUGGCGUCAAGGACUCACGAGCAGACCGCGUCGACGAGUCCAAAGCUCAAGUCGAGCAACACGAGGCCGAAGCACCAGAGGUAGUCGAGAUUUCGAGCGGAGACGAAUCGAGCGUAUACAGCGGCUCCGACGACGAGGCCGACGACACCAAGCCAGUCACCAACGGCAACCACGAUGCCGAUGCUGUCAUGGCCGAUGCCGACGAGGGUAUGGAGGAUGGCGCAGAAGGGCAGUCGUUUGGCGACAUGCUGCAGGCAGCGCACCCCGAGACGAUCGAUGUCCAGUCCGCCUUCGCCGAUCGCGAAGAGGGCACCCAAGCUCUGGUGCCUAUGAACCAGGAUCGCUCUCUCGCCCUUCCCACAGCCACCUCCCUCGGUACCGUCCUUACCCAAGCUCUGCGCACCAACGAUCGCGACCUCCUCGAGACUUGUUUCCAGAUGACCGACCUCCCCAGUAUCCGCUCAACCAUCCAGAGACUCCAAUCACCGCUUGUCGCUUCGCUUCUUCAACGCCUGGCUGAGAGACUACACAAACGCCCUGGUCGUGCUGGAAACCUCAUGGUCUGGGUACAAUGGUCGCUCGUCUCCCACGGUGGUUACCUUGCCAGCCAACCUGAUGUCCUUAAGAAGCUUAAGACCCUGUCGCGAGUCAUCAAGGAGCGCGCCAACGGUCUCCAAUCUCUCGUCACACUCAAGGGCAAGCUCGACAUGCUCAACGCUCAGAUUGAGCUCCGCAAGAGCGUUCAAGAGACAAGAGAUGGAAGAUUCGAUGACGGCGACAACGUCGACGACGAUGUCAUCUAUGUCGAGGGUCAAGACGAUCUAUCAUCCGACGACGACAACGACCUCAUCAGCAACGCUGUGGGCAGCGAUCUCGGUGACCUGUCCAUGGUCAACGGCGCCGACCAAGCAUCGUCCGAUGUUGAGGAGGAAGAGGCUGGCGAGGGUAUGUUCGACGAAGAAGCUGAAGAGACCUCCGAUGACGAGGGCGAAGAGCUGUCCGAUGAGGACGAGGAGAGUGACGAAGUCGAGGAAGAGGAAGACGACGAGUCAUCCGACGAUGACGAGGCCCCGGCACCUGUCGUCAAGCCAUCGAGGACACAGCAACGCGCCGCCGGACGGAGAAGAUGA